CGAUAAAUAAAAAUAAAUACACAAAGCGAACUCGGUGUCGAUUGUUGUUACAAUAUUUUAAAUAUUUAUUACCACACUCUGCAUUCAUUAAGACAACCUCCAGACCUCGACAACAACUACCGAAACAACAGAACCUACUGCGUGUUUAGCUGCACAAUUGUCUUUCGCCCCUAUACGAUAUUAUAGAUAUAUACCUGCACACGCGCCUCCUCUCCACGGCAACACACUGAAUUAGAAGAAUAUAGAACUCGCGCGAUAUCGACUGUACUCUGGAUAAGUGUUCAGCAAGAAUUCGAUAAUAGUAUACUGGGAGUGGCUUCUACAAGCCCUUGUGGCCCGGAAACAUAGCACAUACACAUCAUAUACAAACACUAACACACGAUAAAAGUUCAUCCACACUGGAGAGUCGACUUUACCAACUUUUGUCAACAAUACCGAGACACCAUGUCAGCACCCAGUUAUGCUGCACAGGCGCAGCAGCGGCCAAAUGCUAAUCCAAAUAACCAGCAAGCAUAUCAGCAACCACAUGCGCUGACCCCAAAUCAGUUCCAACAGGGCCCGCCUCAGCAACAGUAUGGACAACAACAGCCGCCCCAUCAGCAGCAACAACAACCGCCACAACAGCAACAACAACCGCCACAACAGCAGCAGAAAAACAAUAUCAUUAACAACGGUCAGCAGAUGAAUAUGCAGAAUCAGAAUCAGAACCAGAUGAGUAGGCAAACACCACCCCCUCAGCAGAUGCAACUCAUGCAACAAGCACCACAAACACACACACAGCAGCCGCCGCAGGUACAGGCCAACGGAACUCAAGAUUGGAGAAUUGGUCUAGUGGCACCUAAGAAAGACACACGCACACGCACGGAAGACGUCACAGACACCAAGGGCAACCAAUUCGAAGACUACUACCUCAAACGCGAACUCCUGAUGGGACUCUUUGAGAAGGGGUAUGAACAACCGUCGCCUAUUCAGGAGGAAAGCAUCCCCGUUGCACUGGCUGGACGGGAUAUCCUCGCACGCGCCAAAAACGGCACCGGCAAGACUGCCGCGUAUUUGAUCCCCGUCAUUGAGAAAACAGAAAUCAGCAAAAAUGCUAUACAAUCAUUGGUUAUGGUGCCCACCAGGGAGUUGGCAUUACAGACAGCCCAACUGUGCAAGGAAUUGGGGAAACAUCUCAAUAUUCAGGUCAUGGUAACCACGGGAGGUACCAAUCUCAAGGACGACAUCAUGCGUCUUUCCAAAACCGUGCAUGUGGUGGUAGCCACACCCGGACGUCUGCUCGAUCUGACACAGAAAAACCUGACCAAGCUCAACCAGUGCAUGACUGUUGUUAUGGAUGAAGCCGACAAACUACUCUCCCCCGAAUUCCAGCCGGUGCUGGAACAGCUGUUCUCAUACCUACCUGAGGGCCGCCAAUUACUUAUGUACUCGGCCACCUUCCCACUGACGGUCAAAGACUUCAAGGACAAAUUCAUGAACAAGCCAUAUGAAAUAAAUCUGAUGGAGGAAUUGACUCUGCGCGGCGUAUCACAGUACUAUGCGUUCGUAGAGGAACGCCAGAAAGUCCACUGUCUCAACACGCUGUUUUCCAAGCUUCAAAUCAACCAAUCCAUUAUUUUCUGCAACUCUGUACAACGAGUCGAGCUGUUAGCAAAGAAAAUCACACAGCAGGGCUAUUCAUGCUUCUUCAUCCAUGCGAAGAUGCUCCAGAGUCACCGCAAUCGCGUCUUUCAAGAGUUCAGGAGAGGGGGCUGCCGCAACCUGGUUUGCUCGGAUCUCUUCACUCGAGGUAUCGAUAUACAAGCCGUGAACGUGGUGAUCAAUUUUGAUUUCCCUAAGAAUGCCGAGACUUACCUGCACAGAAUAGGGCGAUCAGGGAGAUUCGGUCAUCUAGGAUUAGCCAUCAAUCUUAUCACUUACGAGGAUCGCUUCAAUCUGUAUCG